CACGUGAGGUUCUGCUACGUCAUCAGCAGGCACGCGCGGGGAAACAUGGCGGCGGCGGGCGUUGUGAGCGGGAAGAUUAUAUAUGAACAAGAAGGGGUAUAUAUUCACUCAUCUUGUGGAAAGGCCAAUGACCAAGACAGCUUAAUUUCAGGAAUAUUACGUGUUUUAGAAAAGGAUGCUGAAGUAAUAGUGGACUGGAGACCAUUGGAUGAUGCAUUAGAUUCUUCUAGUAUUCUGUAUGCUGGAAAGGACUCCAGUUCAGUUGUAGAGUGGACCCAGGCCCCCAAAGAAAGAACUCAUCGAGGAUCAGAACUCCAGAGCAGUUAUGAAGCAGAGUGGGACAUGGUUAAUACAGUGUCAUUUAAAAAGAAGCCACAUACCAAUGGAGAUGCUCCAAGCCAUAGAAAUGGGAAAAGCAAGUGGUCAUUCCUGUUCAGUUUGACAGACCUGAAAUCAAUCAAGCAAAGCAAAGAGGGUAUGGGCUGGUCGUAUUUGGUAUUCUGUCUAAAGGAUGACGUCGUCCUCCCUGCUCUGCACUUUCAUCAAGGAGAUAGCAAACUACUGAUUGAGUCUCUUGAAAAAUAUGUGGUAUUGUGUGAGUCACCACAAGAUAAUAGAAUACUUCUUGUCAAUUGUCAAAAUAAGAGUCUUUCACAGUCUUUUGAAAAUCUUCUUGAUGAACCAGCAUAUGGCUUAAUACAAAAAAUUAAAAAGGAUCCUUAUACAGCAACUAUGGUAGGAUUUUCCAAAGUUACAAACUACAUUUUUGAUAGUUUGAGAGGAAGUGAUCCCUCUACACAUCAGCGACCACCUUCAGAAAUGGCAGACUUCCUUAGUGAUGCUAUUCCAGGCUUAAAGAUAAAUCAGCAAGAAGAACUGGGAUUUGAAGUCAUCACAAGAAUUGAUUUGGGAGAGCGACCUGUCGUGCACAGAAGGGAGCCUGUGUCACUGGAAGAGUGGACCAAGAGCGUUGACUCUGAGGGAAGACUCUUAAACGUGGAGAGCAUGAAGCAGAAGAUAUUCAGAGGGGGUCUUAGUCAUUCAUUAAGAAAGCAAGCGUGGAAAUUUCUUCUGGGUUAUUUUCCUUGGGAUAGUACCAAAGAGGAAAGAGCUCAAUUACAAAAACAAAAAACCGAUGAAUACUUCAGGAUGAAGCUGCAGUGGAAGUCUAUCAGUGAGGAGCAAGAGAAGAGAAACUCAAGGCUGAGAGAUUAUAGAAGUCUGAUCGAAAAAGAUGUCAACAGAACGGAUCGAACAAACAAGUUUUAUGAAGGUCAGGAUAACCCAGGACUGAUUUUGCUUCAUGACAUUUUGAUGACCUACUGUAUGUAUGAUUUUGAUUUAGGAUAUAUACAAGGAAUGAGUGACUUACUUUCCCCUCUUUUAUAUGUGAUGGAGAAUGAAGUGGAUGCCUUUUGGUGCUUUGCCUCUUACAUGGACCAAAUGCAUCAAAACUUUGAAGAACAAAUGCAAGGCAUGAAGACCCAGUUAGUCCAGCUGAGCACCUUGCUGCGACUGUUGGACAGCGGGUUUUGUAGCUAUUUGGAAUCCCAGGACUCUGGAUAUCUCUAUUUUUGCUUCAGAUGGCUUUUAAUCAGAUUUAAAAGGGAAUUUAGUUUUCUAGAUAUUCUUCGAUUAUGGGAGGUAAUGUGGACGGAACUACCCUGUAAGAACUUUCAUCUUCUUCUGUGUUGUGCUAUCCUGGAAUCAGAAAAGCAGCAGAUAAUGGAAAAGCAUUAUGGCUUCAAUGAAAUACUUAAGCACAUCAAUGAAUUGUCCAUGAAAAUUGAUGUGGAAGAUAUUCUAUGUAAAGCAGAAGCAAUUUCCCUGCAGAUGACACAGUGCAAGGAAUUGCCACAAGCAGUUUGUGAGAUCCUGGGGCUCCAGAACAGUGAAGUUACGACACCAGAUUCAGACACUGGAGAAGAUGACAAUGUUGGCACUACUUGUCCCACAUCUGCGUUUCCAAGUAACACCUUCCCCGUCCUUGCCGCCAGUGAAGCCAAAGACGACAGCUCAGCACAGACACUAGCAUCCCCAAAUGCCUGCAGAUUAACACCUGCAUGAUCAUCUGUCUUACAUUUUUAGAGAUACUUUGUUGCAAUUUCUCUUUAAGUACAUGAAAGGUAGACAUUUACAGUCUUGGUGUUGAUCAUGCUUUAAGGUUUCUGGAAAGACAGUGUACUGAUGUUCUUGCAUUAAAGCUUUACAAAGUUUUAAACUAAUUAUUUUUGUAGUUACUUCUACCAAAUAGCCUUUCCUUCUCAAUAACAUUCCUUAGUAUUUUUAUAGCUAAGUGCAUUGUAUUUUGUUGCUGAUGAGCUGGGGUGGGAUGAAUACUACAAGUGGAUGCCUUGGGAAUUACGCACUCUGAAAAGCAUUCACUGCGUUUACUCUUAGUGGGCUUUGGAUUUGAUAAAAUUAACUGCUGAGCCUUUAUAAAGCAUUCUAAGAUGAGAUGUUGCACAGUGAUGAGAUUUAAAAAUGCAAGCAAAUUCGAUUUUUCUAUUGUUUACAACAAUAUUCAGCUUAAAUAUUUAUGCUGGUUGAAUGUGAUUUAAAUUAGACAUUUUCACCAAUGUAGUUACUGUCUGGAUAAAGAACGUCAACCUUAGCAAGUGGAUUGGCAGUCUGUUUUUUACAAAGAACUUUUCUUCACUUGUACAUAAACUAUACAUAAGUACUAUUUAUUGAGUAUAAGAAAGCAUAGUCCUAUUUUCUUUAACUGAAUAAACUUGACUAUUGGUUUAUAUAAGCUGAUUCAACAAAAUUAAUACAUGGCUUCAAUAUAAGAUCUUUUUCAAAGCUAUUUUCUUAACUGAACAUUUAUUUAAUGAGACUACAUUCAACCCUAUCUAUACCUGGUAUAAUUUUAAAAUUAAUCACUGUAACCUCACUUUCCUAAUAAUGUUUAUUAUCUUUCCUAAUAAUGCAUUAAUUAAUCAGAUCUUUAAAUUUUUAUAAAAUAUUCUUUUCAUAAAGCUUAUGUCAAAGAUUUCCAGGCACUGUCAUGAGUCUCAAAGUCAUAUUUUUUGUAUAUGAAUGAAGCUGUUUUUACCAUGCAGUAUUGCAUGAUUUUAAGUUAUGUGGAAUUAACAUAACUGAUUCCGUUUUAAUUGUAAUUUGUUAAACUCUUGUACAUACCAUUAAAAUAAAUUUAAAGCU